AUGAACGCAAUGCUCGAUGACCUCACUCUGCAGCGUGGAUCGGUUGGAUACGUGGAGGGAGAGAAGCUCGUUGGAUCUGGCCUGCAGGUUGCUUAUCAGUGGGGCAAACUCCUGGACAUGUGGGAUGAGGUAUUAUCUCGCCCUCACAACGCUUCAUUUGUCAACCUUGGCCACGGCAGCAAUUCCAAAGUGGACAUACAGGAAGUUCUGGAGAGCACUUGUGAGGCAUUCUUUGACAACACCGCCACGUCCACCAAGAUGCAACUGCCAUAUGAGAUAGACUCAAACUCUGGGGAGGAUUUAAGGUCGUCAGAUUCGGGGGAGGAGGAUGACGAUGCAACUGAGAUGGACGAGGAGAACCGAGAAGAGGAGCCUGUGAAGGAGGUGGUGGCCGAGGCGACGGAAAAAGUAGAGGCACAGGCUGUUGAGAAUCUUGUAGAGGAGAAGCUGGAAAAGGUAGUCGGGACGCAGGAGUCGAUAUUGCAAGAUCAGGCACGCCCGGAUCGGGUUGUAGACCAGGCACGGAAUAAUGCAGUCUCCGAGGGCGGAGUGUCUGCUAGGGACCAAGGCGUAGGGAGCACGGUUGAGGAGGCAACGUUAGCGGGUGGGGGCGGUCGCGGUCCGAACCCAGCGGCCGAUCAUGCAGCUCGUACUGGUGCGGAGGGGGCCCAUGAGACGUGCAUCGGAGAUGCACCGCCAAAGCAACUGGAUGGAGGGGCGGUCACUGAUGAAGGGGGGAGUGCUCAUAAUGUGGCGACGGAGGACGAGAGAGGGGAGAGAGUCGAGGAAGUUGCACGCAUAGUGGUGGAGGGUAAUGUCGCUGCUAGGGCGGGUGCAGAGGCGGAGUCGAAUCGGGUGGGGGAGCAUGCACGCAAGUCAGCCGAACCGGAAGCUGUAGAGU